AAUUAGUUAGGAGAAGAAAUUAAAAUAAAAAACAAUCAAAGAUGAUGCUAAAUUGUUGACCACGAUUUGGAAAUUGAAACAAUUGUUGUUGAUAAAGUUUGACAAAGUUUUUGCUCAAUUCAAUUCAAUGAUAUUGUUAAUUGCUGGUUGGAAGAUGAUUAGUUAAUGAUGAUGAUGAUUAAAUAUCCUUGUGAAACUGGUUUAUCUUUAUCUUGACCCAAGAAUAGCUCAUGAUCGUCAUGAUAACUACGUCCAUCCUCCGAUGGGCUGAAACCAAAACUUCCCGGUGGUUUUUUCGUCUCACCGAAAACUUUUACUUAAACUAAUUUACUUAAUGAGAAAAUUUCAAUCCAUCAUCAGUCACAAUUAAGUAAUCAACAGAGUUAAAAUAUAACCACUUCAUCACAAUCUAAUUGUUAUCAUUUUCAAUUGUAUUAAAAAACAGUGAUAGUGACCAAUUGACCAACCAUGCAACUGGAUUAUCACUUGAUGUUUCUCAAUUUAAUCAAUCUAAUUAUAAUCAAAACUGGAUUUGGAUUAAGCUUUCAAAAUUACAAUUCAGGAUAUUCAUAUGAUGGAAAUGACAAUUCAAUUGGAUUAACUUCUUGUUUAACACAACCGAAUAAUGGUCCUGGAGUUUGUGUUCAUAUCUACGAAUGUCCUAAUUAUAAGGAUCUAAUUUUGUCACAAUCGAAGCCUAAAAUAUGCCACUGGUCGGGUAGAGUUCCAGUUAUUUGCUGUCCAGUUGUCGAUCCGCCGAAACAGCCUACACCCGAACCUGAAUCUCCAAUUGAAAAGGUUCGUCGUCAACGGAAUCAAAGUGAUUGUGGUACUCGUGUAAGUAGCUCACGGGAUCGAAUCGUCGGCGGUGAUGUGGCCUAUGAAGGUGAAUUCCCAUGGAAUGUGGCCAUUUUCAUUCGUGAAAUUAACGGUGAUGUUGUCCACGAGUGUGGUGGUUCAAUCAUCUCAGAUCAGUAUAUUCUAACGGCUGCUCAUUGUUUCGACAACGCUAGUCCGUCAAACUAUCUAAUCGGUGUUGGAUCAAAUGAUUUAACCUCAACAAUCAAGUUAAAAGUAGAUGAGAUUAAAUUACACCCUGAUUAUGAUAAAUACCAAUUCUACAAUGAUAUAGCUCUGAUAAAGUUGACAGAUAAGUUGACCUUCAAUGAGACUAUUCGUCCAAUCUGUUUACCCUUCGAUUAUGCCGUUUCUCAGCCGAAAUCGGCCUCAUCUCAAUAUUCAGAGACUGUAACGAUAUCGGGAUGGGGAUUCACUGAGUUCAAUGGUGAACGAAGUCGAGUAUUAUUGAAGGCAGAUCUUAACCUGAUGCCAAGAGAAAUGUGCAACAAGACCUACUCGCGACUUGCGUCUCGAAAAAUUUCACGAGGAAUUACCGAUGAUUUUAUAUGUGCAGGAACAGCCGAUGGUAAAAAGGACGCUUGCCAAUCGGACUCGGGUGGACCAUUGAUCGCUAAAUUAGAGACUGGAGAUGAAGCAGAACCAGGCUGGGAAUCGAAAUUCGUUCAGAUUGGAAUCGUUUCUUUUGGUUACAAGUGUGGUGUUCGAGGUUAUCCUGGUGUUUACGUUAACGUCCAAAAAUAUCUCAGCUGGAUCGUUGAAAAUAUUCGUGAACCAUCAGAAAUUAUGAUUGAUCAGAAAUUUAAUUACGAAAAUAUCGAAAAGUGAACCAAAAACUUUCAAAUUUUCCUUUAAAUUGAUCUAAUCAUGUCUAAUAAUCUUAAUUGAACUGACCCAUUCAAUUUCUAUGAUUUAAUCUGUAGCAUUGGCGGUGGAAAUAUGAGCCAUGCCCUGAGGCUGAAACUUCAUCUUUUCUCCAUCAAAUUUUAACCUUUUAAACAAGUGAAUUAACACCAACACGAUGUUGAACGAAAAGAGAAUCAUCAUGUUAUUAGUUUCUCCUUCCUUUCUGAUAACAUCAUCAACAGAAAUAAAAAUGGUUCUAAAUCUGUUCACUGCCAGAACUUUAUCUUUAAAGGACAGAACAAAAUGAUUAACAUGGAAAAAGAUAAUUUCUUUCAAUUCGUUUCCAUUCCAGUUUCGAUCUCGUUUCUUUUCCUCUCGUCAAUCUCCCACCAAUCAUAAAAAUCUAAAUUCUGUAAUCAUCUCUGAUCUAACCAACGAAAUUUGAACAACUAAUAAUUGUAAAAGAUCAAGUUGACUUUAAUCAUCUAAUGUAAAUUUGUAUUUAAUUAAAUUCAUUUACUUUUUGUUACCAAGAA